AUGAACGGUUCCAGCUCCUCGCCCUGGGCUCUCGCCAUGGACACUGUGAAAACCACCUACAUCGUGCUGGAGCUGAUCAUUGCCGUGCUGUCCAUCGCUGGCAACGUCCUGGUCUGCUGGGCCGUGGCCAUCAACAGUACCUUGAAGAACGCAACCAACUAUUUCCUGGUGUCCCUGGCAGUGGCUGACAUCGCGGUGGGUCUCUUGGCCAUCCCUUUCGCCAUCACCAUCAGUAUCGGCUUCCAGGUGGAUUUUCACAGCUGCCUCUUCUUUGCCUGCUUCGUGUUGGUGCUGACCCAAAGCUCCAUUUUCAGCUUGCUGGCGGUGGCCAUCGACAGGUACCUGGCUAUUAAGAUCCCACUGAGGUAUAACAGCCUGGUGACUGGCAAGCGGGCAAGAGGACUCAUCGCUGUGCUCUGGCUCCUGUCCUUUGGGAUUGGACUGACUCCACUUAUGGGAUGGAAUAAAGCCAUGAGCGGCUGUCCCAACGCCACCAACGAGACAGGGGCUGGCACAGGGCCAGAGCACCAUGGCUGCUUCGUCUCCUGCCUCUUCGAGAACGUGGUAACGAUGAGCUACAUGGUGUACUUCAACUUCUUUGGCUGCGUGCUGCUUCCCCUGGUGAUCAUGCUGGGAAUCUACAUUAAGAUAUUCAUGGUGGCCUGCAAACAGUUGCACCAGAUUGAACUGAUGGGCAACUCCAGGACCACCCUGCAGAAGGAGGUCCAUGCAGCCAAGUCUCUGGCCAUCAUUGUAGGACUUUUUGCCUUCUGUUGGCUGCCCCUGCAUAUCUUGAACUGCAUCAGUCACUUCCACGAGGAGUUCUCCAGAUCCAAGCCCGAGUGGGUGAUGUAUGUGGCCAUCAUCCUCUCCCAUGCCAACUCUGUCAUCAAUCCUAUCAUCUACGCCUACCGGAUCAGGGACUUCCGCUACACCUUCCGCAAGAUCAUUUCCAAGAUCCUCUGCAAGUCAGACGACUUCCCCAAGUGCACCACUGACAACAACCAGCACCUGACUGUCACCAACAUGAACUCUCCAGUAGCCUCUGUCACCGUCUGACCUUGCAAGUCCCAC